CGCGCUGCGUCAUCGACCUGGGGAGACUCUUGAAAACCUUCACUGAGCUGAAGAGAGCCAAACUCACCUCACCCGCGGUCCCAUCAACAGCUCCUACCUGCGCCGCUCUCCAGAUCCAUUACAGUAGCCUACAAUAUUUAUCCCCGUUCAUCUGGAGCGCGCGGUCCACCGCGGUGUGCUCCCAACUUGUGCACGCGCUUUUUUCGUGAAUUUUUUUGCGAGCUAUGCUUUUAUUUAAUUGUGUAUGAAGAGAAACCAACUCUUGCAAUACUACCGUCGCUGAAGGUGUUUGCUUUUCACAUUCUUCACAACCGGAAAAAAAAAAAGAAAAGAAAAAAGUUGCGCAUCGCUUGUUGAAUGCAGGAUACCUUCUGCCUGAGCGUCAAAUCCAAGUUCAGCUUUGGAGCAACAGUCGCUAAGGAGCGGGGACUCCAGCUUCUCACCUCACUCGCCAACAUGAAGUCUGCAGAGGAAGAUGCAUACAGCUACACACCAAAUGUCAGCCUGUCCCUUCCACUGGGCAUGGGAAACCCCUGUCUGGCCAACCAGUACCACACCUUACAGACCAGCCCAGUCAUCUCAGUUUCUUCUUGCCACCAGACAGGCUACAGUCUCCAGAAUGAUAACCAUGCAGCAUCAGGCUAUUACCUGCCCCACGGCCUGAGACCCAAUGGGGCUCCAGCCCUGGAAAGCCCUCGUAUUGAGAUCACUGCCUACAGCCAGUACCCCGAGGAUGAGGUGGAAGAGAGCAGCAGCGAGGACCACAUCAUCAAACGAGGCGUUAACUCCAUCGUCACACUGACGCUGCCCAACGCAGACGGCUACCGUGACCCCAGCUGCCUCAGCCCUGCGAGUAGCAUCUCGUCACGCAGCUGCAACUCUGAGGCGUCCUCCUAUGAGUCCGGCUUCUACAACUACGACAACUCCCCACAGAACUCGCCUUGGCAGUCUCCGUGCGUGUCUCCCAGAGGCUCGUCCUCACUUCUGUCCUGCCCGCAUGCCGGCGGCCCAGCAGGCUCCCCUCACCACUCGCCCUCCACCUCCCCUCAGAUAGGAGCCAUGGCUGAGGAAGGAUGGCCGGCUCAACCUCGUGGCUCCAGGCCUAACUCCCCUUCCUGCAGUGGAGGCGGUGGAGGCAACGGCGGAGGUGGUGGGGUGGGCAAGAGAAAGUACAGCUUCAACGGUGCCCCCUACCGUCAGACAUCCUGCUCACCCAUCCAGUCUCCUAUCCCCUCUCCGCAUGGCUCCCCAAGGGUCAGCGUCACAGAUGAGAACUGGCUCGCCAACACCAACCAGUACACCAACUCUGCUAUCGUGGCCGCCAUCAAUGCUCUGACCACAGACGGAGUGAUAGACAUGGGGGAGGGAAUCCCGAUCAAGACACGGAAGACAAUGCUUGACCACUCACCCUCCAUGAGCCUGAAGGUGGAGCCAGGUGGCGAGGAGCUGGGUCCCGAUGGGGAGCUCUGCCAUGAGGACUACCCCUCCCGACUGGCCCUCAAGAAGGAAAACUACUGUGGAGGGUUCCUGGAUGUGCCCCAGCACCCAUACUCCUGGUCUAAACCCAAGCCUUACCUCAGCCCAUCCCUGCCAGCUCUUGACUGGCAGCUUCCGUCCUGCUCUGGCCCUUACAACCUUCAGAUUGAGGUGCAGCCAAAGUCCCACCACAGGGCCCACUAUGAGACUGAAGGCAGCCGAGGGGCCGUGAAGGCGCUCUCCGGAGGACACCCUGUUGUACAGCUUUAUGGCUACAUGGAAAGCGAGCCGCUCACCCUGCAGCUGUUCAUAGGGACCGCAGACGACCGCCUCCUGCGACCACAUGCCUUCUACCAGGUCCACCGCAUCACCGGCAAAACCGUCUCCACCGCCAGCCAUGAAGUCAUGCAAUCCAACACCAAAAUUCUGGAGAUCCCUCUGCUGCCUGAAAACAACAUGAGAGCCAUAAUUGAUUGUGCAGGGAUCCUGAAGCUGCGUAAUUCGGACAUCGAGCUCCGCAAAGGGGAAACAGACAUCGGACGUAAAAACACACGUGUGAGGCUGGUGUUCCGAGUGCACAUCAACCAGCCCAAUGGCAGGACAGUGUCGCUGCAGACCGCCUCCAACCCCAUCGAAUGCUCCCAGCGCUCAGCACAGGAGCUUCCCUUGGUGGAGAAGCAGAGUGUGGAAAGUUACCCUGCCACGGGAGGCAAAAUGAUGCUCCUGAGUGGUCUUAACUUCCUCCCUGACUCAAAGGUGGUGUUCGUGGAGAAGGCCCAGGAUGGGCAUCAUCUGUGGGAGACAGAAGCCAAAGUUGACAAGGACUCCGUCAAAUCUAGUACUCUUGUUGUGGAGAUCCCACCAUACAGAAACCAGAGAAUAUCCAGCCCCGUGCACGUUAACUUCUACGUCUGCAACGGCAAGAGGAAGAGGAGCCAGUGCCAGCGCUUCACCUACCUGCCUCCUAAUGUGCCAGUAAUAAAGACAGAACCCAGUGAUGAAUAUGAUUCUCUGGUGACUGCAGGGCUGUCCAUGCAUUCAAAGCCCUACUACAGCCAGCCAAGGCUCACUCCCAUCAUGCCUGUAGCCGAUCCUGAUGCCUGCCUGGUCGGUGCCUACCCUCCCUGCCCGCCUCGCCAUGCUGCCAUUCCAUCGUCGUCUCCCAGCUCCAGCCCCACCCUGCAUGACCUAUCCCCCGUGGCAUACAGCAAGUGCCUCCCCAGCAGCCCCACCCAUGCAGCACCGCCAGGCUCUGUUGUGCCCCCCAUCCAGGAGACCCCUGGCCGCCCUAACCUCGCCCACCCAGCCUCGCCAGACCACAACUCUUGCCUAGGGAUGCUCCAUUCCCAGGGCAGUCCCAGCCACCUCAACAGCCCAGGACCCCACGGUUACCACCCUAUCUAUGCCAACAGCAGCCCCUCGUCCUCCCCAGUGUCCCACCCUUCCACUCCCGGUGGGACUGCAGAGAGCCCGUUCGUUCAGGCCUACAGCCCCAGUCAGGUUCAGGCAGCAGCCAGCUCAGCCCAGGCCGGAGGGAGCCCACCCAGCCUGCUACCUGAGGACGCCAGCCCCCCUUCGAUGGCCAUCACCGUCAAACAGGAGCCACAGGAACUGGACCAGAUGUACUUAGAUGAUGUUAACGAGAUUAUCAGGAACGACCUCUCCAGCAUAUCCGUGCAUACUCAUGCAUAGACGUCCAGAUGUCUCCUGCAGCAGCAACACACACUCAAACAGCAGCAUCAUCAACAUAAAGAGAGGACAACAACAAAAAAAACAAAAAAAAAACAACCCAGAGAUCCAGAUGAUGAAGAAUACAUUUUUGACCAGGAUCUCCCACUGGACCAUCGUCGCCAUCACCCCCUUCUCAGUCAAAGACUUGCUGCAGAUUCACAUUGACAAUCACUGGCAAGCUCCAUUUUAACAGAUGAAUGUUUUAUUUACAAAAAAAAAAAAAAAAGGGAAGUGAUAUCAGGGGCAAAGUAUACGACUACACUUGCCUUAAUAAUUCACAGCAGAUGUUCUUUAGGGGACCAAACAGCUCAAUGAGACUGAGUUACUCUUCUAUCAUUGACAAAUGACAAUCUUCAGUCCGAGCGUGAUCUGUAUGUUAAUGCAUGGACAAAACUAACGGGACAAUGAGUGUCAUGCUUCAUCACUUUGGUUCAUUUUGUUUGUGCAGUCAGUCCGCAACAACCGAAUCGGUGCCUUACAACAGUGAUAUUGACAGCAAACAACAACAGCAGCAGACACACAAAUGCAAAUGGUUCGUGGUAACCCAAAGUGGAAGUUUUUAUAUGACAUUUUUGUAUCAUUUCAAUGAUUUGUUUACAGGGACACAGAAUAAAAGGCUAGAAGAGUAUCUAAGGAGUAUGUGAAUUGUAGAAUUGUAUUUUUUCUCGCUUCCUUAUAUCCCAUUGUUCAUUUAUACUGAAUGUUAUUGUAUGAUAUUCUUUUGUAUAAACAUGUAUUUGGAAGUAUGUAUGCCUUAUGCUUUUAUCGUGCUCUUUUGCUAUUUAGUUUUCCCUUUUUUUUCUCCAUUUGUCUUCCCCUGAUAUGAUUUGUACCAUUUCUAACACCCUGCAUUAUGCUUUUCACCUUAGUGCCUAUUUUUAAUCAUCCUGCCCCGAUCUUCCAGUCCUCCACCCAGAUCACGACAUAAUGACGCACAGACAAUCAGAGAAAUAUAUAAUACAUAUCCUAUGACAACAGUUCCUGGUUGCAGGGGCUUAUAAAGGCAGGUAGCAGAGUUUUUAUCCCCCCAAGCUAUAAGAUAGUUGAACAAUGGUAUGCUUACCUGCUGAAUUUAAAUGAGAAUACUCCAGGACAAUAUUAUAUAUAUUUGUCUGUUACUUCUUGCACUGCAGGUUUGCAUGUAAAUAGGCACAGGGAUAAUCUAAGUAUGCCACAGGCUCAGUUUUAUUUUUCAUCUGGGUGACUCAACUGAGGAGUUGGCAGGACUGUUAUUUACAGCUGGCAAUAAUUGAUCUGAUUAAACCAAAGGAUUUUACCUUUGGUGAAGUUAUUGUCCGAGUUUUCCUCUUUCUGUCAGAGACUUUAGCGUAGAAUGGUUCCCCAUACAAAAAACAACAAAAACAGAAAAACAUUAUGCACUUUACCGUAGACACAGAGCAGGUUUUUCUUGCCUCCAGACCAAAUAUUGUAGAUUGAUUUCCGCGUGUCAUGUCAUAAACUUUCACAAAGCUGCAGUCUUUUCCAUGUUACCUGUCUUUUGGAGCAUGCACACCAUACCGAUGAUGGGGAUCAUUUAGCUGACAGUGGCUUUCCAUAUAGCUUCCUAAUACACUUUUGGACAUAUAGUAUAAUAGCAUGACUAAACUGUAUGAAUAAGGUUUCUAUUUUGUGCCUUACUCUCUUUCUUGAUCAUCAGAUCAUUGCAAGUCUAUAACGCUUUUCUGUGUAGGCACAAGGUGGGACAUAUUUCUCUUUAAUAUGAAAUAUUUAUGAAAAAUGAAAUGUGUUUUAAGUGCAUUUAAAUGUGUUCUCAACAAUUAAUUAAUAAAUGGCAUAAUGGUGACCAUACACA